GUUCUAAAAUGGAGUUUGUGAUCUUUAACUGAACAAUGCCACUUUCACUUUCACAGGUCUCCAACUUUGAGGACAAAACUGAAAUAGAGAGGACGUGUGUAGUGAAAACAGGCUGCGGUGCCAACAUUGUUCUACUACAAUAGACCAUUAAAUCGAGGGACUGAACUCAUAUAGUGCAUUCACUCUCUGACCGUCUUCAGGGUUCAUGUUUGGUGAUUUUCAUUUUCUAUCUUACGAGAAUGGAAAGAAAGUUUUUGGUUCUUUUGGUGGUUUUUUUGAUGAGUCCUCUGUGUGACUUCCAUGUCUCCAGUUGUGAUCCAAGCUGUGCAGAGAAACCUGAGUUCACUCCUUCCAGACUGGUGGUGAAGUAUGGUGACGCAACCUCUGCCAGAUGCUCCUUGUGCGAGUCUUGCUCAAAAGACAUUUUUGAUUUGGAAAGAGCUCUGGGAGACCAUACAACAAAUGGAACCACAAUUGUAUGGAAGGUUAAAAAUAUGACUGAAUGGGACACAACUCCAAUGUGCUAUUUUACUAAUGCUACUGAUUACCAGUGUUGCACCAUCCUGCCUAUAACUGUGUACAAGCCUCCAAACCGUGUCUCCAUCAGCUUUCUUAAUCACACUGGGCCGAUGUUCAUGGGCCAUGACUACACUCUGCAGUGUGAAGUACAGAAGGUUGCUCCGGUUGAAAAGCUCAGUGUGACCUUCUACAGAGGACAAACAGCACUGGCUCAACUACAGUCCAACAACAAACAGAAGAAACCAGUGACUGAGAUCUUCUCUCUGAGCAUCACCCCCAGAAAAGAAGAUAAUGGACUCCAGUACUGGUGCGAGGCCAAGCUGGAACUGGGACCUGAAGGACCAGAGCUCCCUCCACUGGUGACAUCACAAAGAGCCACUGCCACUGUUUUCUAUAAGCCUCAGCUAGAGAGUUCAUCACAUCCAGAUCCGAUCACCGUCACAGUAGGAAACCCUCUACAGCUGAACUGCUCGGCUGCGGGGAACCCCGGCCCUUCAUACUUCUGGCUGCACUCAUUACAUCGCCUUUCCACCUUUCUGGACGGCCUUCUCUAUAUCAAAUCUGUAACUUCCGAGGAUGAAGGGCAGUACGUCUGUAUGGUCAGCAACAAUUUAGGGUAUAUCAAUGUCACGUUUAACGUGGUUGUCAAAAGUUUGCCACCAACAACCAAAACCACAACCUCCAUACCGACCGACGGCACCGACAGCAGACCAAGUCACAGGUUCAUUAUGUGUUUUAUGCUUUUAUUACACGUAAUCAAAUGCCUCUAAAGCUAUGAAGGUACAGUUGAGUACAGACGUUUAUAAACACUUUGGUUGAAGUCAUUAUUACAAUUUCUUUAGCCUCUCCACAGAUUUCAAAUGGGUCUUCAAAAUGGACAAUGAUCCCAAGCAUACUUCCAAAGUUGGUAGCAUAAUGAUUUAAGGACAACAAAGUCAAGGUGUCUGAGUGACCAUCACAAAGGCCUGACUUCAAUCUAAUUGAAAAUUUUGUGGGCAGCACUGAGAAGGCGUGUGUGAGCGAGGAGGCCUACAAGCCUGACUCAGCUCCACCGGUUCGGUUGUGAGAAGCUUGUGGAAGGGCUACCUGAGACGUUUGACCCAAGUUAAACAGGUUAAAAGCAAUGCUACCAAAUACUAUCAAAGUGUAUGUAAACGUCUGACUCACGGGGAAGGCGGUGAAAGAAAAAUAAAAGCUGAAACAAA